AAAAAAAAAGAUCAUUCAGUAUUAUGGACUUAGCCUGUCUACACCCUAUAUCUUCUCAACAAAUAAUCCCUAACUUUCCCAUUCUCUCUCAGCCUGCCACCCCUUCAUCGCCCUAAAAUCUUUCAACAAAUCAAUACAACCCCACCUUAUUCUCCGGCCAUACUCCGCCGGAAAAAAUAAAUAAAAAACUAAAUCCAUCACUCUCAUUCUCAUGCUUCCUCUUUCCGAUACACCUUCGCAUAAACCCCCAAAACCAGAACUAGAUCGGAAAAAUUCAUUCACUACACUCAAACCUCAUCUUCCUCGCACAUGGCUUAUCUUCUUUGUCGUCUUCCUCCAGAUCCUCCUCCUCUUAACCGCUCGAAACUUCCACACAUCCACCGUCCUCACCACCCGCCAACCCCUCCCUGAAUCACAUGCAAUCGGAGACACCGAAUGCCCCUCCGGUAAGGUAUUCGUUUAUGACUUGCCAAAGUUUUUUAAUACUGAAUUGUUAGAAAAUUGUCAUGAAUUAAACCCUUGGGGUUCUCGUUGCGAUACGUAUUCGAAUGAUGGGUUUGGACGGAGUGCUACAAAACUCGCCGGAGUAAUACCGGAGAGUUUAUUACGAGCGUGGUUUUGGACGGAUCAGUUCGCGUCGGAGAUUAUAUAUCAUAAUCGGAUGUUGAACUACCGGUGUCGAACGCUAGACGCCGAAUCAGCUACCGCUUAUUACAUUCCGUUCUACGCCGGACUUGCUGUCGGAAAAUAUCUAUGGACGGAAAAUUACACGGCGGAAGACCGUGAUCGUCAUUGUCAUAUGAUGCUUAAGUGGGUUCAUGAUCAACCGUACUGGAAAAAAUCGGACGGUUGGGAUCAUUUUAUUACUAUGGGCCGCAUCACAUGGGAUUUCCGUCGGUCUAAGGAGGAAGGAUGGGGCUCUAGAUGCAUCUAUUUACCGGGUAUGAGAAACAUUACACGUCUUCUGAUUGAACGAAACUCGUGGGACUAUUUUGAUGUCGGUGUACCCUAUCCCACUGGAUUCCAUCCCACAUCUGCGUCUGACGUCACCACAUGGCAGGAGUUUGUUCGUACACGUACACGCGCCACCUUAUUUUGUUUUGCCGGUGCAACACGUGGCCUUAUCAAGAACGAUUUCCGUGGGUUGUUGUUGAACCAGUGUUACAACUCAUCGGGUUCUUGUCGGGUUGUGGAUUGUGGCGGGUCAAAAUGCUCAAACGGGACGUCAUUGAUACUUGAAUCUUUUCUCGGGUCGGACUUUUGUCUUCAACCCCGUGGGGAUAGCUUCACCCGUCGGUCGAUUUUCGACUGCAUGAUUGCGGGUUCCAUUCCGGUUUUCUUCUGGAACCGAACUGCUUACUCUCAGUAUGAAUGGUUCUUACCGGGUCAACCCGAAAGCUAUUCGGUUUUUAUAGACAAAAAAGAGAUUCUAAAUGGGAAAUCCAUAAAAGAAGUUCUUGAAAAUUUUAAGGAAGAUGAAGUGAGGAAAAUGAGAGAGAAAGUGAUAGAAUAUAUUCCAAGAAUUGUGUAUGCAAAACCACAUGAAGGUCUUGAAGGGAUGAAAGAUGCAUUUGAUGUGGCUGUGGAGGGAGUUUUGAAUAGAAUCAAAGAUCAAGAACAAGAGGGAUUUAAAUGGUAAAUUAUUUUUGGCACAAAUUGGUAUUAACAUAGUUAUAUUUUUUAAUUUAUGAUGAUUAUUGAGAUAGUUAAAGAUAAAUAUACAGUAUUUGAGUGAGUGAUGUUGGUGAAAAUGUGUACAAUUUAUGAAUGAUUAUCUAGAAGUAGAUAACAAUAAUAGUAAUGAACGUUGUUAUAUGUUACAGUAUUUUUUAUUA